AUACGAACAUGGUCAUAUCCCCUUCGUUCGCGCAAAGGAGCGUUGAUCACCACUCAACGAUGGCUGGGAUCUACCCAACUCCGCCUGACGGCUUCGCUCCGGGUCAGCCUAGCGCUCUGAACAGUGUUGUCACGCCGCUGGCCACGCAGCCAGAGCUGAACAGCUCAGUUGCCGAGGCCUAUGCACCAAAUGACGAGCUACAACCAAAGGCGGCUUCGCGUCCUGCGCCUUCGAACGAACCUGGUGAUCAUGAGCUUGCUCAAGAGGAACUAUUUGCUGAUGACGGCGGUAUGGCGUUCGGAGAUGCCGAAAUAGAUGAUGCCGAGUUUGAUUUUUUCGAUGAGCCGGACGAUGGGUUUGUGGAGCAUCAAGCCGCCCAGGAUAGCAACAUGCCCGAUGUCAGCACUUACGAGGAUACAGAAGUUCUGGAGGCAGUGUCGAACCUAGCACAAGACGAAGAGGGAAACCAUGAUCCGCCAGUAGGAAUACCGCCAGUACUGAUGCCACAACAAGGUCUCAAUGACCCAACGCCCAUGCCUAUGGACACCGAAAGUGAUGGCCUGCAGUCACAGGAACCUGCAGGUAACAUAAAUCCUCCUAUCGAGCAUCAGCCUUCACUCGUCCACAGGCCUUUAAGCCCAUUUGGAAUCCGUGAAAGACUACUCCCACCUCCGGUACCAGCAAGCCAUUCUCAGCCUCAAAGUGGCUCUUGCGGCAGCCGCCACGACCGCAGGAGCAGCAGUUUCACCCCAAUCACGUUUCGGGACGGCGUCAGCGCUACGCUGCAGUAUGGUUCCGUCCCUAAGCCCCAGAACGUGGCACAGAUCGACGCAACUGGUGGCAGUAUGGGAAUCGGGUUGCAUGCUUUGCAGAAGAAGCACCGACCUUUCGACGACGAUGAUGACUCCGAUGCGGACACUAUCAGUGACAGCGAAGAAGAGCGCGAUGUGACAACCACGGGCGACGUGAGAAUAGUGGAGCCUCCGCCGCCUUUGCCGUGGGAAAGUAAGAAACGGAAGCGUCAUGGGAUACCUCAAGCCGAAUUACUUACUUCUGGUCCACCUACAUCCGCAUGGCUAGAUGAGUAUGAGGACGAGAAAAAAGACGGCUCACCCUCUGUUGACACGCUUCUGAAGGUGCUGCUAGAGUCUACGUCUCCCGCCGUAAACCUAGACUUGCAGGCUACGUUGACGGCGGAAAAGGCAUUAUGUGAUACGGGCUUGCCUAGCGCGGCUGCUCAACCGGAGGCAUUAGAAACACUGACAGGCACGGUGGCCUCUAUCGAAACCGCAUACAGUCUUACUAAGUCUGAUCUCGUCUGCGUUGCACAAAUUGUCAGUGAGCAGUCGGUGACGGCUAAUCCACAUGUCUCUGCCAUGCGUCGCCGCUUUGACGAUGCUCGUGACGCUGUUGACGAUGCCACGUCUGUCACUAUACCACGAUAUAUACGAGACCGGCUGUCAAGAGCCAUACGGUUGGCGUGCCCGGAAGCAGCCUAUUGUGAUUUGGCUGACCUCGCUUUGGCAAAAGACGCACCUGCGAGACAGGCGACAGUCCCGGGAAAGAUCCCUCAAGGACAGCCGCGGCCACCACAACGGCUUGAUAACAUACCAACAGGUCCUGAUAUGUUUCCGCUGCCGGCUCCUUAUAUCAGAUUACAUCGAGGGACCGACACUUGGGAGUUGUUGCCUGCUUGCAUACCCUUCUGGGAGCCGUUGGGACUUGGACCAGCAGCUGGCCCAAAGCACCUCCGAGCCUUUUGUGUGUUCCCUUUCAACGAGGAUCUACAACGCCUGGUCGAUCAAUUCCUCCGCGAUGUAGGUACGGCGUACGAGAGUUGCAAGCUUGGCACGCACAUACAUCUGCGCAACGUUAGCGAGCUGGAACAAGACAAUUUCAAGGACGGACUGGCACCCGUAGAGCUCAGUGAGGAUGCGUCUCUCGAGUCUGUUUUGAGGGCAUACGCCGCAACGUGCACAGACCUUGGUAAAGCUCUGUCCAGCAUUCUUCCAGGAGAAGAGCGAGCGAUCGUUGUCUACAUUCUCAACCCAUUCACAGGACGCGAUGCCCAACAGCACCUCUGCGCAUGCUUCUGGAUGCUUUUUCAAGCCCAUCGCGAGCGCACAUCCAAGUCACCGCUCGAGCAAGACAACAGCGAUAUCUUUCUGCAAAUCCUGCCCAUGAACAUGGUGGCUUCAUUCGAUGCUUUUGUUCCACUCGAUGCUAGGAAAAUGUCCGUCUUGGCUCGCGAGGUUUACGACCGAUGUCCACCCACAUCUGCGCCUCUGCUGUCUGAUAUAUCUGCGCCGCUACCAAAUCUUGCAGCUCCCACGGUCGAACUCGCUAGCACGGCACCGAAGCGUCUCGGUUUUCAACUGGCGUCCGAGGCGCCCGGAGAUCUGCUCUACGAAGGCUCGAUCCUUCAUCUGGCUUACGCACACAGCUCCGAUGGCAUGUGGUUGACCGCUUGCUGGAUCGACAGCACAGGCAAGCAUCAAUCCAGCUCUUCUUUUGGUCUAGCAGGACGAACAUUUGCAGAAGUGGCGCAUGAUGUAUGGGAAUUCACCAGAACGAUCAUGGCUGCACGUCAAGUUUCCUGGCGCGUCUUCAUCGUUGCGCCAGGAGCAGAUCUGGACCCAUCAGCUGUACAAUGUUGGCGCUCAGUCGCCGCAAGGCCUCGCUCACAUCCUGUUUGUGUGACAUUGUUGUCCACGCAGGAGGAUCCCUUUUUGCAGUUGUACCGUCCGUGUGAGUCAUCGUGUUAUGGCGGUGGCGGCGGCAGCAACGCUGAGGUUGGUGUUUUGACACCUGCUUCUACGCCGCAAGGUGCCACUUUUACUUCUUCUCCUGAUGUUUCUGGCCACACUAGCAACGCGCCCCCGACGCCUGCUGCAAGCGAAACGGCGAAUUCACUCCCCACAGAUGGUACCGGCGAUUCCGACGCGCACUUGAUGGACAUGACUGAUGAGACAUGGGGCGUGCUUCUGAGUACCAAAUUAUUAAGCGAUCAUCAUGCGAGCAGCAGCAGCAGAAUGGCGCAUGGCGUCUUGUUCCAGCGAGGGCCUGCGUCAAUGCCUGAUAGCGAACACACCGACACGGGAGACAAGCUGCCCUCGCUGGGAGUCAAUUUGCACUGGACCAUCCAAGUCAAAAGCCAAGGAGGGGUGGAUGAGGGUAGUGCCAAGCAAGCAGAAUUGACCCUGCGGGAUGUGUUGCGGAUGUAUCGUGGUUUGACUACACUGACCAAUGCACGGAGUCUGAUCCGUUCUGCUGCUGCUGCUGCCGGAACUGGAAAAAGCAUCUUACCUGUGCAUGUUGCCAUGGCGACUAUGGGCGCUGAGGGACUUGUAGGUCUGGCGCCUGUGGUUGAUGAUAUUUCGUAAAUGCAGCCGAAAUUACCAUGUAUUGAUGGGGGCAUGAUAAUAUCAUCAUCAUUCUCCAUGCCUGAACUUGAUUACUUUUCGUUUUCCAUUGUCUAUUCUUCCUGUGCACCCGACUACGACGACGACGAUGCAUACUGUAAGUACAUUACCGUAUCUUGCUUGAGUAAUCACCUCCCCCUUUUUUUUAUUCAUUUCAACGUCCACGCCACACGUCGACAAAGUUCUGUAGACCUCCUAAAUCGUACACGUUGUCCACGUCAUUCAGGUUCCACGCACGAGUCCACAGCGCUUC